AUGGGCCCCGGCGCCGCCGCAUGCCGCCGCGCGCGCGCCGGGCCUCGGCCCGGACCGUGGCCUGCCUGGCGCUGCGCGUGGCCGCCGUGCCCGCCGAGCCGCCACAUCGCCCCGCAGCUGUCAUCGGACGUUGCCCACGUGGCGAUUCGGCCCGGCGGAAGGCAGUGGCUGCUGGAGGCCAAUGGGGCGACGCUGAGGCGCGAGCCUCCUCCAGGCGGGGCCGGAGCUCGGAAGGCCUCACCGGCCUCGCCGCACAUCGCCGAGCGGCCCCACAGCACCUUUUCCGCGGCGCUGCUGUCGGACGUUGCGUUGGAGGCCCGCCGAGAGGGCGGAGGAGACGCCCGGCCGGCUCUCCCCCAGGACCAAGGGACCACCGCCUGCGCGACGAGCUGCGGAGGGACGGGGAGCUGGCGGGCGACAAGGCUGGGCGCCCCCUGGUCGUGCAGCCUCGGGUUCGGCCAGCACGUUGCUGGGGGCUUGCGGAUCAUGGCAUUAUGCACAGCUGCGCUCUGCCUCCUCAACGAGAACGGCCGCCGCUUGGUUAAAGGACGAUCGGUGCCCGGCAGCACGUUCGCCAGGGUCUGCUGCGGCCUGGCGAUGAAGGCGGCGCUCUUCCUGACGGCGGCGAGGGCCUACUUCCUAGCCUGGGACUCCGCGAAGAUGUUCAAGGCGAUGAACAGUGGCUUCAUGAACGAUAUCCUGUGGCAGGUCAGCGAAGACUUCUUGACGGACGCGCAGGCCAUCGAUGGUGGCCUGAUCCACAACUUGAGCAUCGAGGUCGCCAACCCGUGGACCCACGACUUGACCAUGCACACGCUCAAUGUGGUGCUGCGCUCCCGAGGCCGCAGAGGGCCAGGCGUCUCUCUGAGGACCCCACCCCCCUCCCCAAGCCAGUGGCGCUGA